AUGAAUCUACUGAUAGAUCGAAUAGAGAACCCAGGCCAUCGAAAUACGGCUCCGCUGAUUCCCUCUGUGUCGCGUCCGACUGUUCAAGGUCAAAGAAGGGCCACAAAUAAUUCCAAUGGUGAGAACGUUUCUCAGGAACGAAGAAGUAUUGAUGUGCCUGUUAUAUCUGUCAAUGGGAACCCUGUUCCAAUGGGCAUGAAGACGAAUCAGAAGAGGAACAGCGUUAGUCGAAAGAAUAGUCUGAAUAAGCCUGGCGAGAAGGAAUUACCACAUGAGAGACGUGGAUCUUCUUAUUACCACGGGAGACAUAGCGUAGCGGCUGCGGAUGUGACAAGUGCUACUGCUGGGAUGUUCAGUGAUUGUAUGUUCCGUUCCGAGACUCAGAAACCAGUACGACAUUCUCCAUCGUCUACAGCUUCUUCUUCUUCUACGUCAAUUUAUGCUCACAAACACACGGAUCAGCAACCUUUGCCAUUGCAACACCGCCGGCAUCAUGGUAGGACAGAUCAUCACCAUAAUAACUCUUCGACUUUACACCGGAAGCAUGCGGCUUCUUUCUCGAGUGUGUUUGUGAACGACAAUAAGAGACUUGUGAAUCAGUUUUUAAGGUCAAUGGAACCUUCAACACCGGCUUCUCGUACUCCCAGGGUGAUGACGGCAACCGAGCCCUCAACGCCAAGAAACUUCGGUCCGAAUUACGAAACAGGUACCAGUGGAUCCUUACAGAGCUUACUUUAUCGAGAUCUUGCCUCGAUGCAUUCAAAGAAGAAGAAGCAGGCUUCAACUCUGCCGUUUGCUCCUUCUUCGGUCUCUUCAUCUUCGAACUCUUCAUCAUUCUCAUUGUUGAGGACCGAGCAAAGCUCACCGUCCUUGUCUAGUGGUUACGAUUCAGAAGAUUCUUUAUCCAUCACCAAUGAUGAUAAAGUGGCUGCGAAUAAUGGUGGUCUUACGACAAAAAAUGGACUGGGACUCAAUUAUAAUGAAGUUGAUUACUACCGACAUCACAUCGCGGCAGAGCUACAUAAGUUCGAGGAUAUCUUGAAGCAUAACAUCAAGGAAGUAAUAAUGAGAAGUGAGUUUGAUAUGGUGAAAAAUUGGAAACUGUUUGAUAUGUCGGUAUUACAGUUGGCUAGGCUUAAAGAAGAAGUGAGUAACUUGCAUGACCUCAUCAAAGAAAAGAACUUGCAAGCACUUCGAAAGGAUUUCGAUAAGAAGGAUAAAGACUCAUUCAUCUGCACAUUGGAAUUUUCAAUCAAAACAAACGCUUCGCUGCUUGAAGGUCUCGAGAAGAGAAUCGACGUGUGCAAGAAGAAGUUGCUCCGUCAGAGGGAAACCUUGAGGAAAUUGGAAGGUCUAUUGAACCUUGAGGAUUCUUUGCUGAACUCUCAAAAAACAACCAAAAUAGCAUACAAAUACCGGUAUAUGGUAUAUGACGUUGGAGCAUUAAUGGGGAUUAUCUGCAUUAUUUUUAUCGUCAGAUGGUUUAUUUGGAGGUAA